GGUCAGUUAUUCUCGAGAUAAACACUACAAUACAAAAAAGAUGGUAGGGCUUGGGAAUUAGUCUACGUUUGCUAAUCGGUAUGUUUUUCCGUAGGCUAUUCGUUCUGGCCAGACCCGAACAAAUAUGGACCCCAUAAUUAAAUAGGAUCACAUUCAACCAUGAUUUACGCAAUGAAUGGCUGGAUCAGAAUAAUGAAUUAGAACGACGCUAUAAUACUGUCAGUAAAAAGGCCCCUAAGCAACUCGUCGGGAGCCUCACCGGCGGCUCCGUAUGAUGGGUCACCACUGGUGCCGUAAAGCGCUCCGCCUGGUGUCGCAAUGGUGAUUGCAGUGACAGCACUUUCCGGCAGCAGGGAAAUCGAGGAGAAAGCACUGACAAACGUCGCAAGGGAAACCCUAUAUUUCCCCGGUAAUCGUCGGAGUUACAGGCGGCUCGGCAAAGCAACUUUUAUCUCGAGUGUAGAUGUUUUUACGUGGUGAAUGAAAUCACAUUUGACGUCUUUUCAAGCGUGAAUCUCCACCUUAAUGCGGUGGGAUGGCUACAGUGCCGACCGGGCCUAACAGUUCAUUGCCUGCAUCCCCGGCUAAAAUUACUCCUCUACCCGGGGAUCGGAGCCUGGGUCCGGGGGCGGACGCGUGCGGCUGUGGCGCGGUGGAUUUGACCAUCGGGGAAGAUCAGGGGAGGGAGUCGCAGGUCACUGCGGUCAAACGGUCGAUCCAGAAAAAGCAGAAAAACAUGCUAGCCCACGCUAGCCCGUCAGCGCUGCACCUCAAAGUGCAACACCCGGAGCAGCAGCAGAUGAACGGCUUGGUGAGCCCCGCGGGGCCCGCUGACACCCACAGCCCACACGAACACGUAGAGAACCCUGACAACCCGAGGCCGUCCGUAGAAAACUGUGACAGCUGCGACGAAGGUACCUCGAGCUACGACAACAUCCCCGAGCUCUGCCAACACGAAGGCCACAGCCCCUUUUCAAAUAACAGCAGCCACCCCCUCUUGAAAAACAGUAGUAUGAAUGGGAUGCCUUCCAUCACCCGAACCGGAGCCUGCCCAAACCUCCCUAAGACGAUAGAUGCCCCCGGGAUUCAGAGGAACGAAGGAGAAGACUGCCACCCUUCGACCCCUGGGCCGUCGGGGGACGGGGACGGAGACUACCUGGAGGAUGGGACCUGUCCCGGGGAUGGCUCGUCGAGCGAGCCGCCCGUGGCAGAGCUGGCCCGGCUCGAUCUGAAAGGGCCACCGUGCACGGCGAUCGAAGACAACCACGGGAUUAAUUACGUCCGUUACGAGUCCGAGUUACAAAUGCCAUGGAUCAUGAGGCUUAUCACCAAGGACUUGUCAGAGCCUUAUUCAAUAUAUACAUACAGGUACUUCAUCCACAAUUGGCCGCAGCUUUGUUUUCUGGCCAUGGUGGAGCAAGAGUGUGUUGGCGCCAUCGUUUGUAAACUGGACAUGCACAAGAAGAUGUUCCGUCGCGGCUACAUCGCCAUGCUGGCGGUGGAUUCCAAACACCGGAGGAAAAGCAUCGGUACCAACCUGGUGAAGAAGGCCAUCUACGCCAUGGGAGGGGACUGCGACGAGGUCGUCCUGGAGACGGAGAUCACCAACAAGUCUGCGCUGAAGCUGUACGAGAACCUCGGCUUUGUCCGGGACAAGCGGCUGUUCAGGUACUACCUGAACGGCGUGGACGCACUGCGGCUCAAACUGUGGCUCCGCUAGACGGACGCCGCGAGGGGGGGAGAGAGAGGGGGGGGACAGCGGGCACCACUCUUUGUACUGCCUCUCGCCAGCCGCCCCUCGAAAACCGCGCCCCCACCCGUUCACGUUUAGAACACACCUACACGCAAGCGCACCCCCCCCUCCCGCACACGGACACACACACACACGCAUACACGUACACACACACACACACACAUACACAUACACGCGCAACCAUACACUCUACACCAUACAUGUACCUGCGAACAGACAGGAAUACUAUGCACAUAGGUAUGCAUAGUUACACGCGCAAGACACACACACACACACACACAUGCUCCCCCCCCUCCCCCCCGGCUGAAUUCUUUGUGAACUCGAACUUGUCUGGCGGGCCGAUCGGAUGGAGAUCACACGAACGCUUUUUGCCAGAACCGCCCACCGUACCGGCCCCCCGUACACCGGCCCCCCGUACACCGGCCCU